AUGUUCAUUAUAUAUUUUAAUAAAUUUAAUUAUAUUUUAUUAUUUAUUAAAUUAUAUAUUAUAUUUGUAAAAUGUUUACCAAUACAAGAAAUGAAUGAAAUGAAUCAAUCAUUAUCUUUAACAAAAUAUAAUAAUACUACUUAUUAUAAUAAAUUAAUAACAAAUGAAUUGAAUAAUUUAUGGAAAGAUAAUCUUACACCAGUUAUUGGUAGAGUAAUAUGGUGUAUAAAUGAAUCAAAACAAAAAUGGUUAUAUUUAAAUAAAUUUGACAAUCAAAAUAUUCAUAAUAAUAAUAAUAAAAGUAAUAUUACGAAUAAAAAAAUUAUUUUAAUCAAUUCUGGAAAAUUCUAUUGUCCACAACCUAAUCAAUCAGAAGAUAUGAAAUAUUGUUGUGGACCAUUAGGGAAACAAAUAUGUUGUAAAAUAACAGAUACGCCAGGUUUAAGAUGGGGUAUACCACUUGGAGUAAUUGUUACUGUUAUAGUAUUUUUGACAGUUAGUUAUACAAUUCAAGUAUUUCGAGCUUGUGAUAGAUGUUAUCAUGAAUGUCCAAUAUUUACACCAAUACCAAAUGAUGCUGAAUUCCAGUGGGAUACUCGUUGGUAUACUGUAUCACAUGAAGGUAAUCGAUAUGGUGUAACAUUUCAUAGUCGAAUAUUUGCUAAUGAAUUUAUGAAAUGUUUAGAAGCUGAAUAUGGUCGAUGGAAUACAGCUAAUAUAUUAAAAAUACAAAGAGAUGGACAAAAUUUUGUUAUUUUAAAUAUAUUUUUUCAUGAUCUUUUUACACCAUGGUUUUAUACACAAGGACCUAUUAAAAAUGAUGAAGAAUGGAUUCGAACAGAUUUUAAAAAUAUUUGUCAUACAGUACAAGCUCGAUUGGCUGUGAACCCUCGAUUCAAAUGGAAUAAAUUUUCAAAAAAUUCAACAAAUAAAACAUUAAAACAAACAAAUCAAUCAUCAAUUAACACAAAUAUAUCAAAUUUAGACAAGAAAAACAGUGAUCGUUUAUCAAAUCCUAAUACUGUUACAACACCAUGGACACCAUGGACUAAAGUAGCUUAUAUUCCAUCAUUAACUGAAACAUCGGUUAAAAAAAAUUUGACACGUAAUUCAAAUAAAAGUAAAUAUAAAAUAAAAAAUGAAAAUAAAACUAAUCAACUGGUCAAUGUAAUCAUAUUAGAAGAUAUUAUUGAAUGUAAUGGUUUAGAUAAAGGUGUGCAAACGCAUCAAAAACGAUUACAAACACAUAAAACAACAAUUGAUCCAAUUGUAUAG